UGGCUUGUGGGGUUAAUGGGGAGCUAAAAGACAAAGAGUAUUUAGGUCGGAGCGCGUAAGUGCGCGGUCACAUGAACGGUAGAACCACCGCUGAAAGAAAGCACCUGGCUUUUCAGUAGUGGCAGAGGGUGGCACAGCCCAGAAAAGAUCUGGAACAAAUCGCGGAAAAUGGCCGAAAGAGAUAUUCCUAGAAGCCGAAAUAUGCUUCGUAUUCGUUGAUAAUGGCGGGGCCUCUUUGUUCACAGUUGACGUAAAUUUUUAGAUUUUACUGGGGCAUGAAUCUGGAUCAAUUUGGUGCAGAUUUGGGUUCCUUUGGCUAAAUUUGGCGUACGGUUCAAAGAAGCUCUGGAAUGGGAAGUUUAGGGUCGUGCGACAAUCAAUUUGGCAACGCAGAACAAGGCAAUUUGAGAGAUUGUAGAGUUGUGUUGAGUUUUUUCAUUUCUCGGUGUGGGUGGUUGGGUUGUAUGGUUUGAUACGAGUUCUUGAACAUUCUGAACUUGAGUUACUUUUUGCUUUUCUUUGGGGUAUGCACUCUUGUUAACGGUUUUGAAGAUAGGGACAAAAUAAUUCGUGGUUUUCAGUGUAGAUUUGGAAGCUACAUUCGAUUUGCAGUUAUUUUGGAAUCUUUUUGAGUCAAGAGCUUCUGAGGCAGCAGUUUUGAGCUGUUGUGCGUAGGAUUGAAGGUUUCAAGUUUUUUCGCGGCGUUUUAGCAAAAUGCUCAGAGUUUCGCUAAACGUUGCCACUCUUUUCGAGUAAAUUUGUGGCGAUCAGGGAUCGUUGUGUGGAUUUUAAAGCCAGUUGCUGUUGUCUUGGAAUUUUGUGAGAAGAUUUGGGUAAGGGCCUUCCAAGGAUAAAUAUUUUAGGCUUUUGUGCGUGGCAUUGAAGAUAUAGAUUUGUUGCGGCGUUUUUGAAAAAAAGUGCAUUGAAUUUCGCGGAAGUUUGUGUUUGAGCCAUUUAUGUAAAUCUUUAAAUUAGUUGCUGUUAUUUUUGAAAUUUGCGUGAAUGGUUGGGUGGAGACUUUCUAAGGAUCAAGGAUUCUAGCCGUUCUGUGCGACGGGUAAUAUUUUGAGAAUUUUUGAGAUAUUUUGAAAGAAUUUGCAUGAGGGUUCUUAGGCAAUUAUUGUGGAAUACUAAACAAUAUAAUGGUUGGGUGCCAGUAACUGGAGAUUCUUUGGUGCUUAUGACACUUUAAUAUGAUUUGAGUACAGGGUAAACCGAAUAGGGUAUAUGUGAGAUCAGUGCCAAAGAGAUUGUGAAAUUUGUACAGCGAAUCUGAGGCGUUUCUUGAUCCGAGUGGUUAUGUGAAGAUCUCUGAAGAUUUGAAACUAUAUCCGCAGACUGUUCCUUCAGAGCAUAGAAUAUUGCAAAGUGCGAAGCAUACAAGCAGAAAGAGAAAGCCUAAAGUAUUAGGUUAUUUGAAAUAACCUGCUAAAUAGGCUCUGGUAUUUACGGCACAGCUUUUUCAGUUAGAGAUUGAACUUGAAUUCUGUGAAAAUCCCCGGAAUUCCAAACGUAUUGUCUUUUUUUAUUCAUUCCGAGCACAAAUCGUUGAGAAGCACCAAACAUGCAAAAAGUAGAGAAAACCUAACGGUGUUGGGUUAUGUGGAAUAGGCUGUGAAGUGCUUGGCGGGGGAUUCUUUAUUAUGCCACUGUUCUACCUUCAAGUCUCUUAAUUUGUUGAGAUUCUUGACAUUUUUAGUAUUUUCCAGGCUUAUUUGAUUCUUUGUGGCCAAAUCUGUAACGGUCUUGAUGUCUAGGUCUAUGAAGUCCUUUUCAAUGAACAAUGCAGGCAAGCACCAUUAUUCUAAAUCAAAUUCGAAGCAAGCUAAAUCUGAUAAUACGAAUAAAAUUUCUUCUGUUCCAGCUUCUUAUCCCAGGAGCAGAUUGAAUGGCACUCGGUCUCUUCCUGUGGACAGCCAAACUGUGGAAAUUAUAGAGAGUGUGAAAAAGGAGCUUAGAAGAGUGGCUUCUUGGUCACAUUAUUUGGAAUCCUACGGUGGUGAAGAACCUUUCGGAGGCAGAUCAGAAUGGAGUAUUGAUAUGUCUCAGUUGUUCAUAGGCAAUAAGUUUGCUUCGGGGACUCACAGCCGGUUGUAUCAUGGAAUUUAUAAGCAGAGGCCUGUCGCUGUUAAGAUGAUGUGGCAGCCAGACGAGGAUGAUGCUGUUGCAAGUUCUCUUGAGAAACAAUUCACUGCUGAGGUCUCUCUGCUGUUUCAGUUACACCAUCCGAAUAUCAUAGAACUUGUUGCAGCAUGCAAAAAGGCACCUGUGUUUUGCAUCAUCACUGAAUAUUUGCCUGGAGGUUCACUGAGAGCAUACCUUCAUAAGCAGGAGCCACACUCACUUCCAGUGAAACUUAUUUUGAGGAUGGCCCUUGAUAUUGCUCGGGGAAUGCAAUAUCUUCAUUCUCAAGGUAUAAUCCACAGGGAUCUGAAGUCAGAGAAUCUUCUUUUAGGGGAUGGUAUGUGUGUCAAAGUGGCAGAUUUUGGUGUAUCAUGUCUGGAAUCUCAGUGUCAUACCAUGAAUAACUUUAUGGGUACUUACCGCUGGAUGGCACCAGAAAUGAUCAAAGGGAAGCCGUAUACAAGAAAAGUUGAUGUGUACAGUUUUGGAAUUGUUCUUUGGGAGAUCUUGACAGCACUCACUCCCUUCCAAGAGAUGACUCCAGUACAAGCUGCUUUUGCCGUAUCACAUAAGAAUGCCAGGCCAACAUUGCCAACUGCUUGCCCUCCUGCACUUGCUCACCUUAUCAAGCGUUGCUGGGCCACAAAUGCAGACAAGCGACCAGAAUUCAAUUUUAUAGUACCACUUCUAGAGCAAUACCAUGAGUCUCUUAGAGAAGAUCCUGCUUUUCUUUUGUAUUACAAACCUACAGAGCAGCACAAAUUACUCAAACGCUUUAGGAGUUUUGCCUCAAUUUGUGGUUCCAGUUUUAUUCAGGCUUAGUCUGUGGAACAUAUAGAAAAGUUGACUGUCCCAUGUAGCAUAAAUUUUCAUUUGAGAUUGUAUUAUAAUUCUUGUGGAAAUUGUGCAUGGUACCUCAACCCUUCUGGAGAUGUGUAAUUAAUUUAGAAUGUGACAUCCUUUUUUCAAUCCAAAUGUGAUUGAUUUACGCUAGGAGGGAUACUUUGAUUUAUAUGUAACGAUGCUUGGCUGCUCAUUAUUGAAGAAUCCAUGAUUGUGCAUAACUUGAAGCACAAAUUUAUUUUUAUCCCUUAUUUCUCUUUCAUGCUCAUGAUAAUUCAUCUGUUCAGAUCAAAACUGUACAAGGAUUUUAUACCAUCAAGGGCAAUAUAAAUACUUGAAGCCCCGAAUUGAGUACA